UCGUAGCAAACUAUGCAUACAGUUCCGAAUCAAACCUAACGCAGUUGUAAAGAUGAAAUCUAUUUUUGCUUUCGCUUCGAUUGCGAUGCUUCUCAUGAUCUGCACUAUCGUAGUGUCAUUUCCAGUCCCGCAAAACGCAACCGAAGGAGGAAAUGGUGGAAUGCCUGAUAUUUCGAAGAUGAAUGUGAACCUUGGCGAUUUGGCAGAUCCCAGCAAGAUGAAGGCAGCCGUCGAUGACGUCGUCAAGAAAAUUCAAUCUGGAAUUUCGCAAGGAAUGCAGUCGAUGCCCAAGUUUCCGCAAUAGAAGCACUUUUGAAGUAGCUAUGAACUGCAAGAAGGUGCAAACAUCAAUUUACAGUUGGUAUAAUACAAUACAAUUUUUUGGAAUAAAAAUAAGAAGUUAAUCUGGCUCAAACUAA